AUGUAUCUGGGCCACACAAUACGGGCUGCAGGCUCAUUGUUGCCGCUCACCAGCAGGCCGAUCGCUUCCACGGGGACGAGGCCCCUCUCUCUCUCUCUCUCUCUCUCUCUCUCUGUCUCUCUCUCUCUGUCUCUCUGUCUGUCUGUUUUGGGAAGGCUCACCAUGCAGCUCACCCAGCUCAACCGCGAAUGUCUCCUGCAGCUUUUCUCCUUCCUGGACAAGGACAGCCGGAGGAGUCUGUCCCUCACCUGCCAGGAGCUGCGCGAGGUCUUCCUGGACCCCUGCCUGUGGACUCUCCUCCGCUUCAGCUCCCCGUGUCAGUUGACCAGGGACAACUUUGUGCUGGGACCCUCAUUGCGUUACUUGACAGUGUCCUGGUACUCCAGCAGGGUUCUGCAGGUGUGCAACAUUGAGGACUGGUUGAAGAGCUCGUUUCAGAAGGACAUCUGUGGCAAACACGAGAGCCUGGUCAGCGCUUUCCUGAGCCAUGUCUGCCGCAUGUGUCCCAACCUGCUCUGGCUAACCUUGUCUGGCUGCGGACACAUUACUGACCAGGACGUGAUCUGCGUGCUGCAGAGCUGCAGGAAGCUGCGCUCCCUCCACCUGGAGAACUGUGUGCGCAUCACCGACCGCAGCCUGGAGGGUGUGGCGGCUCACGGAGGCCGUCUGGAGGAGGUCAAGGUAGACUUCUGCAGGAACGUCACUCAGGCGGGCCUGCAGGCCGUCAGAGAGAAGAGGCCGGGCAUCCAGCUGAGUGCAGAGCGGAGCGCUGAUAUGAUCCCUGACAGCAGGCCCGAGGAGAAGGUGCCACUCAGGAGGAGCCUGCAGAAACUCCUGCAGUUCUCCUGACGGAAACGCUGGAGCACAGUGGAGAGCGUCCCCGUAACUUUGGACUUUUUAAGAGUUUUCAAUAAUACCGUUGUUUGGAUUGGUAUCUGUAUUUAUGGGAUUUGAUAUAUUGUUUUUUUUACCUUUUUAUACGACACAUGUUAAACACAAGACCUCCCCACAAAGACAUGCAUUUUUUAGGCUGUCGAUUCCAUGUUGUUCAAAUCAGGUUGAAUUUCAGACACGCUCACAAUGAAGCGGAUGACCUGAUCAAUAAUCCUUAAUUAAUGCACAUUGAAAGGGUGCAGUAAUAUGAUUCCGUGCUUCAGGGAAUAGUUUGUCACUUUUUAUUUCUGAGAGUUGAUGAGAUGAUCAAUACCACUAUCACGCCGUUUCCCCCUCAGUCUUUCAGUCUUUAUGGUUAAGGUAAAGUAGUCGCCGGCUGGUUCCAGGUACAUAUUGCCUUAUACACUAGAGAAGUAUCAUUCAUUUCUUUAAAACCAUUUGAUUAAAAACACACACACAUCUAGAUUAGUUAUGCAAUGCACAGUACAAAAAGAAUGUGGCAUCACAACGUGGCCUGUUAAUGGACUGUUUUACACAAAUCUGUGUUUUCUUUUUUAAGCAGUGUUUUGUUUGUGUGUUUUGAACAAUUAAAUGUGUGAAAGGGUUUUCUACUUGCUUUUCUGAAUGUGAUUCUAAAUUGUCGUAAUGAAAUAAGAUCAGUUGCAGUACGAAGGUCCAUAUAGUUAAUUGUUAAGUAAUAUAGUUAAUUGAUAAGUUUUUUUUUUAAUUGUAUUAAUUGUGGCUGCAAUUCCAAAACAAACUUAUACAUAUUAACAGGAUUCUAUGCAGGAACACUUCUGAGGCAACACUGUGUGUUGGUCCAUUAUUGCAGAAUUAUAGCUCUGGUGAUUGUAAUGUGUAUUUUUUUUAAUACACACACUUUUUCAAAGCAUCAUCAUGCAUAAUGUUUUUAAUUGCAAGCUGUCCGGAUUUGUGAUAUGUCAUUAAACAAAUUGAACAGAC